GCUGGCCACCGGAGGGGGGCGAACCCACGUCAACCUGUUGUUUGUCCCUUCCCCAUUGAUCUAGUCAGCGCCACAAGGAAGUGCGGCACCCACACGCGCUUGGAAAGUUCAGCAUGCAGGAAGUUUGGGAAGAGCUGGGCGAGUAGCUGGACGGCCCAGGCAGCACAGGGCAGCGCAGACAGAGAAGGCGCGGGUCAGCGCAGCAGAGGUCCACCGGCCCAACCCGGUGGGCUUUAUUUAUUUAUAUAUUUAUUCUGGAACGACGGCUGUCCCUAGGUCGCUGGUCCCAAAUGCACCGACUCAUCUUCAUCUCCAUUCUUGUGUGCGCGAACUUUUGCAGCUAUCGGGACACUUUUGCGACUCCGCAGAGCGCAUCCAUCAAAGCUUUGCGCAAUGCCAACCUCCGGAGAGACGCCAGAGCAACAUGCUGUCCUACUAAGAGACGCUGCCCUUCUUCCGGACAACCAGUCACAGACUGCAAUCUCCAAAAUGAGAGCAAUCACCUCACAGACUUGUACCGAAGAGAGGAGAACAUCCAGGUGACAGGCAAUGGUCACGUGCAGAGUCCUCGAUUCCCCAGCAGCUACCCCCGGAACCUGCUCCUCACAUGGAGGCUCCACUCACAGGAGAAAACACGCAUACAACUGGCCUUUGACCAUCAGUUUGGACUAGAGGAAGCAGAAAAUGACAUCUGUAGGUAUGACUUUGUGGAAGUUGAAGAUAUCUCUGAAACCAGCACUGUGGUUAGAGGAAGGUGGUGUGGUCACAAGGAAAUCCCUCCAAGGAUAACAUCAAGAACAAACCAGAUCAAAAUCACAUUCAAAUCCGAUGACUAUUUUGUGGCAAAACCUGGAUUCAAAAUUUACUAUUCAUUUGUGGAAGAUUUCCAACCUGAAGCAGCCUCAGAUACCAACUGGGAAUCAGUCACAAGCUCUAUCUCUGGGGUGUCCUAUCACUCUCCAUCAGUAACGGACCCCACGCUCACUGCUGAUGCUCUGGACAAAACAAUUGCAGAAUUCGACACUGUAGAAGAUCUACUCAAGCACUUCAAUCCAGAGUCUUGGCAAGAUGAUUUGGAAAAUCUGUAUCUGGACACCCCUCAUUAUAGAGGCAGGUCAUACCAUGACCGGAAGUCCAAAGUGGACCUGGACAGGCUCAAUGAUGAUGUCAAGCGUUACAGUUGCACUCCCAGGAAUCACUCGGUCAAUCUCAGGGAGGAGCUGAAACUGACCAAUGCAGUCUUCUUCCCACGAUGCCUCCUCGUGCAGCGCUGUGGAGGCAACUGCGGUUGUGGAACUGUCAGCUGGAAGUCCUGCACCUGCAGCUCAGGGAAGACGGUGAAGAAGUAUCAUGAGGUAUUAAAGUUUGAGCCUGGCCAUCUCAAGAGAAGGGGCAAAGCUAAGAAUAUGGCUCUCGUAGAUAUCCAGUUGGAUCACCAUGAACGGUGUGACUGUAUCUGCAGCUCAAGACCACCUCGAUAAGACACUGUGCACCUUUUUACAUGAAGCAUGAAAAGACCUUUAGAUUAAGACAUGGUAAGGGACCCUUGUCCCACCCUAAGCAACCAAAAUUGAUUCUCAGAUACAAUGCAGCGAACACAGGUGCAUAUCUCGCUUUGUUAGUGCCAUGGUAAGAAGAAGCAUAUUUCAUCAACUUCUCUAUCCAUAAAUAUAGGAGUUCAUUUAUUAAUAGUAUGUGAAGAUAUGUAUGCAUACCCAGACACAUGUCUAUUUCUAUGUGUGUAAAUAGAUGAAAUGCUUUAUUCAGUAUAUUUACUGAGGUCCAUCAGAGACAAGUGAUUAUAUUAUUACUCAAAAAAUUUGCUAUAAUAAAGAUGUGUCAAACAUAUAAAACAUCUCUUUAAGAAAUUUAGAAUAUAAAUUUCUUUUGA